AUGAGGAAAGAGGGGGUGCCUGGGUCAUCAUCUAACUUAAAUAAUCUAAAUCAAGAGAAUAAGUCAGUGAACUUGGAGAACCAUCAAGUUGCAGCAACACAGUCAGAUAUUAUGCCCCUCAUUAGCCGGAACUGGAAGCCUAUGGACUCUGCUUCAGAUAACAUGAUAUAUUCACUAGCACAUUGUUCGCAACGAAGUACUUUGCCCAAUAUAUAUGCAGAAUUUUCUCAGAGUCAGACUUCAUGUAAUAUUGUCUCACAAUCAAAUCAGCACCAAUUCCAUAAUCACACAGCACACCCAAAUACUCGGUCACUGUCAGCACAAUUCAAUAUCUCUCAUAGUAAUCAAAUACAGCAGUGGCCUGUACAGCAGAAACAGAAUACUGGUUUUGUUUUGCAGAAACAACAGCAAAAGAAUGGAUAUCAUUUAGAUUCUUCAACAAUGAAGCAUCAUGAACAAUUCAAUGUCCUUAAGCAUCAAGGUCAAAUGACAUCAGAGAAAAGUUUGCAGCAGAUAUCUAAACCUAUGCAGAUGUGGCACUCAUUGGAAACACUGAGUGAUGCAGGGACUAAUGGUGUACCACCAAAUCCUAUGCUAGUUGAUCAGCAGAAGCCGGUAGAACAAUUACAAACUGCAUUUCUUGGGCUUUUGCAAGAAUUAGAGUCCACUUCCCAACUCAUGUUGACAAAUUCCACUGAUUGGGUUAAUCCAGUCUUCAAGCAGUUGUCCUCUCUUCUCCUGAGGAUGGAAGAAUCCACAAAAUAA